AUGGCAGAUGAGAAUACGACCGGAGAUCUGGCUCCUUCCAAGCGUCCCAGAGAUGUUUCUCCAGAAGAGGAAGAUCACGAAGGGCGAGUAGUCGGAGAGGAGUCCCAAAUAUCAACAUUUUCUAUUGAUGAUGAGAUAUCCUGCGGAAUUUGCUUGGGUGUGCUAGAGUCUCCGUACACGGUCAUCCCUUGCCUGCAUACCUUCGAUAAAGACUGCCUCCUUGGAUGGAACGACACAUGCCCCCUGUGCAAAACAAGGGCCACCUCAGGACGGCAUUCAUUUCAACUCCAAGCAAUCGUAAACCACUACGAAUCCAAACGGCCUCCUCAUAAACGUGCACGGGCAGACGAGGCUGCGGGCGCUGAACAAAUAGGUGUAGAUAAAGCAGAAAUUUACCCCUUUGGAGUGGCGCCCCCGGUGGCUGGGAAUCAGCAGCCUGAUCAUAACGGAGAAGAUGAGGACAAUUUCGAUGAUUUUAUUGAAGAUGACGAGGACGAAGGCAUGGAAGACGAAGACUUGUUCGAUAUUUUAGUAGGAGGGCGUAUUGUGUUUCCUUGUGCGGCAUGCAGACCAGGGCACCACUCUGGAUAUACUUGCCCGGUACCAAUACCGGAGCCUACUGAUCCUGUAAAAGACUCUGAGGCUCAAGAAUACCUGAAUGGUCGACGCCCUAUUGCUGAGCCUCGACGAGGAGACAAAAGGGUCCCUUUCGAUGAAGCCCUACACAACCUUCCUGAGACGGAACACCUCUUCACCGAUGAACUCAAAGCAGAGAUCAAUCGCGCUUGUGAACAGCAUGUUUCGAUAUGUAAAGGAUGUGGAAAUGCCACUUGCGAGGCAUUCGACCAAAUAGGAUGUCCAUGGAGGAUCGCGAAUCGCUUCCUCACCCCCUUCAAUGAAACAGGAAACGAUUUUAACCCCGAAUUAUUGUGGAGCCAAGUAUCUCGCACACAUGCGCACUUUUUCAGGAACCAAACCGAGCGCCAGCGUUUCUUGGAUCGACUAGCUGCCAAUAAUAUUACCCCCGCCAGUGCAACCCAAGAGCUUCUCCGAGAGGCCGGGCAUGACGAAGGUGAUUACUUCUGUACUAAUUGCAUAUCAGCCACCCUGGUAAACGGGUUCGUGGCGAAUUGGGAGCGGAAAAAAGAGAACGGAGAGGUCCCACCUCCAGCUCAAGCACCCAACCCACCCGUUUGUUGGUACGGGAGGGAGUGCCGCACACAGAGUCAUAAUGCGGGACAUGCUGCCCGUUUCAAUCAUGACUGUGACCCAAGGCCUCAAGGACAGGACCAACCAGCUCCCCAGGCGCCAGUUCCUAUACCAGCUCUGGCACCUGAUCAGGCACCUGGUGCGGCCCAGCCAGCUGCUCUGCCCUGA